AUGGAUGUGUUCUCUCGCUCUAUCUUUCUUUUGUUCAUUGCUUUAGGAGCUAAAGCUUUGGAUGACUUUACUGAAAAUAUCAAGCAUGAGCCGGACAAGCAAUCAAAUAUGCCUAAAGAUGGCACUGUUCAUGAACUCACAAGCAAUACGUUGAUAUUUCUUGAGCACCUGUUGGGAUAUACGGACACUGUUGGAAAUAUGCUCUUAAACUCAGAAUCUGUAAUGGAUCCACGAAUUGGUGACAGUGUAUCACCUAAAACUCUUGUUGCUCGAUACUUUGGUCGUGUUCUUGGUGCUCUUGGAUUAAAUCUUGAACUGAAGUCGAAAAGUUACGUUACAAUGUUGGGUCAAGUUGCCCUGUCUGGGAUAUUCUUAUUAAACAAUUAUAACUACAUUUUGAAAGGAUUGCAGAGUUUGCAUCUAAUAUCACGAGAAAUGAUUCUGCUCCAUAUCGUACAGUGACGGUACGAGAUGCUUUGUCAGAUUUACCAGAAAUCAGA